ACAACUAUUUCAUACCAGUGAAAGCCAAACAUUAUUAGUAUUUAAACGUUUGGACUAAAACUUUAUACCAGUGACCCAGCUUAGAAGAAUUCAUAGAUUUUUAGAUUUCUUACAAGGAUUGUAUUCUUACUAGUAAACCCCCAAGGAUUAUUAAUGACAUUUGAUUUGUUUUUCUGUUGUUUGAUUUUCUGUAUCAUUAGCAGGGCCUUGAGUGCCUUGUUGCUGAAAAGCGUUAUAUAAAUAAACUUGACUUGACUUGACUUGGAGUAGAUCUCCAAAGCAAAAAAGCAUAUGUCUCCAAAUUGCACCUAGGUUGUGCUAAGUUGGCUGCUGAGAGCAAAGGAGAUAGUAUUUCAAUUCAAAUGCAGGCCAUCAAAUGUGACUAAGUAAUUGGAGAUGUGGCCAUCUGAGGAGGAGGCUGUUCUAUAAUAAUUUAUGUUAACCUUGCUCAAGAAAUUUCAGGCUUUGAUGCACGGCAGGUUUCAACAUACAGGUUCAUGUCUUUAGCUUACAAAAAUAUUUCAACCUUAAUAGCAAGGUUUUAAAUGGCUCCAAAAUGCUAGAAGAUUAAGGGGGUGCAUUUUAUGUUUACCAUAAAUAGAAAGUAUAUUGAGCCACCUAUUUUUUUAAAGCUGCAUUAUUAGUUUGAUGCAAAACAUAAAUGUAAACGUAUUCCAGUAAAAAAAAAAAAAAAGAUUACAUCCUGUUUCUCAAAAGUGAAUCAUUUCCUGUGGCAGUUAAACUUGCUGCAGUUUACAGCUUUGCAGAGAACUGUGAAGAUGUUGCUGUGGGCCCUGAUCAUCCUGGAUUUGGGAGCUUUCUCUGUGUCACUGCCACAAAUCAAUGAAAAGGAAUUUAUUGACGAAUGUGUGAGGGAACACAACAGCCAUCGAUCAGCUGUCCAUCCACCAGCGAGCGACAUGCUGUACAUGUCAUGGGAUGAAGCUUUGGCUGUUACUGCCAGAGCAUGGGCGGGACACUGUAAUUUUCAACACAACAUCUACCUGAAGGAGGUCCAGCGUGAGCACCCUACCUUUCACUCCGUAGGAGAAAACCUAUGGACAGCCCACCCGCCAUCGAUUUUCAGCGUAAAGGGUGCCAUACAAAGCUGGGUGAACGAAAGCAAGGAUUACAGCUACCAGAGAAACAGCUGUACACAUGUCUGUGGCCACUACACACAGGUUGUGUGGGCAAACAGCUACAAGGUUGGUUGCGCUGUCCAGCUCUGCCCAAAUGGGGUCAAAACAUUUACCGCUCAUGAGGGUGCCAUUUUUGUAUGCAACUACGGCCCAGGUGGUAAUGUGAUCGGAAGACGUCCUUAUGAAUCUAACGGGGCUCCCUGUUCUAGAUGUAAAGACAGCUGUGUGGACAGGCUCUGUUGCAGUAAAGGAGACAAAUUGAGAAGCUAUAACUGUACUCCAGACUGGGACCCUGCCUCAAGAAGCAACAACUUUGCGGAUGUUCUGAUCGUCCGGACCGUGGUCCUCAUCUUGACGUGUAUUUCUGCAUACGCAGUCCAUUACCUUUACCCCGAUGUCUUCUGCUACGAGUAGAGCUUUGUGGCAUUUUGAUGGGAGACCCAGUUGGACAGCAACUCAUGAUGACCUGGAAAUUGAUUUUUUUAAUAAAAUAGGACAUCAUCAAGCAAUGAAGAGCAUGUCACCAUUAUCUGAUCAAUCACAAUAUGACUAGAGAAAACAUCUCCACUGUUCCAUUUUCCUGGCUUCUAUGUAGAUAGCUCCAAACCUUCUUGCCUGGAUUUUUCUGUGGAUGAUGCCUGUAUGGAAAACGUGAACCAUACAAUAGUCCUCCCACGCCUUUAUUAACUUAAGCAUGAAUAUCUGUCCCCUAUAAACGAACCUUUGAGUCAAAUUCCUUGUUUGUAUGUACGAACUUGGCAAUAAAGCUGAUUCUGAUUUAA